AUGAAGCAGUAUAUUAAUUAACUUGCAGAUAAGCUAUAAAUUUCAACCUCUGAUUCUAUUCUCAUUAUUUGGAAGGUGUUUAUCAACUUUUGCUCUUUUGUUAUAUACAUAGAAAUUUCAUUAGAAUUAUUCAAUGUGGAAGAAUUUCAAAAGGAUAACAGGGGAGAUAUAUUUUUUAUUUGGAGAAUAUUCAUCCUAGUACAUAUUAAAUAUAUUUAAGUCCUUAUUAAUCAUUGAUAUGAUAAUAUCAUUAUUCAUAGAAUAUAUCAGCAACAAUGGCAUCAUCAUAUAAAAGCCAUAUAAGAAGGUUAAAUACUAUUUUAGACACUAUUUCGUGUUUGAUUUAAUCGUGAUAGUCUAUCUAUUUGUGUCUACUUUUCAGCCAUUACCAUUUUGGGUGGGUUUUCUGGUGUUUUUUAGAAUUCCAUCCAAUCUUUAUUCUGACAAGAUAACCGAGGAAUAUCUGAUUCAAUUUUAGUUUUUAUUGUUGUGCUAUCGAAUUCUCAAGUUGCUGGUUACUUUACUCUACAUAUUUGAUAUUUUCGCGUGUUCCUUUUACGCGAUGGGUUUGUAUUCCAUUUCAAUAUCAGAACCAACAUGGCUGGAGUACUCAAACAGUGUGAUUGGGAAUAUCGAUAAAAUGCAUCAUUUCACCUAAUACAUAAUCAGCUAUUUUUGGGCAGUUGAAACCCUCGUGUCGAUGGGUUACGGUGAGAUCACUCCCAUGAACUAAUAUGAGAUAAUCAUAGGAGAUUUGGCAUUGGUUGGAUGCAUGUUCGUUUGUUUGUAUGUCAUAUCAACAAUCCUCUCCUUAUAGUCAGACAAUUCGUCUUCUCUGGAUGAGAGCAUGUUAUCAAUCAAGCAAUUUAUGAUAGCGAAGAAGAUAUCAAAAAAACUAUACAAUGAAGUUUCAAUAUUUUUAUCUUAAUUCAGAAUAGAAUAAUCCAAGAGAGAUAUCGCAGUAGAACAAGUAGUGAUUCAGAGAUUGCCAAACCAAUUGAAAUCUAAGUUGUAUUAUGAGGCAAGUCUCAAAAUGAUGAAAAGAAUCUUGUGGAUUUCUAAUAACUUCUCUAAUGAAUUUGUUGAAGAAUUGUCCAGUUUUGUGCGAGAAAUCUAUCUAAACGCCAAUAGUGCAAUUUCUGUUAUAGACGAUGACGAUGACCCUAAAAUAUUUGUAAUUGAAAAAGGCAAGGUGACAGUAGAAUUCAAGGAAAUGGAAAUCAAUUUACUUUAUAAAGGAUGCACUUUUGGCAACUAUUCAUUUUUCAAAUAGGAAAAAGAACAAUUCAUCUCUUAUAAAACCAAAUCUAUAGUGAUUCUGCAAUACAUCAAAUUAACAGACUUUUUAAAGACGAUUUAAAAUCAUAAAUAAGAUCAUGAGAAAUUCCACUAUAUAUUGGAUCAAGUCCUUUUUGAAAAGAGAUAUUAAUCAAUUCAAUAUGGAUGCUACAUUUGUACAUAAACUAAUCAUUUAACUGAAAAUUGUUAAAUUAUUAGUAUCAAAGAUCAAGUCUAAGAGGAAUUUUACAAGAAUCCGAGUGGAAAUAAUCAGCAAAAAAGAAGAAGAUUUACACGUUAAAAUAAGAAACACAGUAAAUGGAUCUUAAAUAAACAUGCUUUUGAGAUUCCACAUGAGCCACCAAUUUCAUUUGAUAUUGACAAAAGAUAUUAUAGUAAGUUAUUAUUUCAGUGGCAUCCUUUCUCAAUACAUCAACAAGAAAGAAUGACUGUAUUUUUAAAGGACAUACUCAAUGAUAGUUUAAAAUAGGAUGAUCUCAUAAUAAUGUCUAAUAAUGUGCCGAAGAGCAAGAAAAAAUCAAGUGUUUUUUCAUCCUCAAAUCAAUAUUUGUUUUAUUGGCAAUUGUUUAUGAUGUUUGUAAAUGCAGCAUUCUUUAUUGCAAUACCUUAGAUAAUAUUUUUUUGGAAUUACUACUAAUAAUUUAGUGAUUAUGGAGCCUUUAAAUUUAUUAGAAUAAUAAUUAUUGUAUAAACUGUUAUAUAUAUCUUAUUAGAUCUUAUUCGUUAGUGAUUUCAUUGUUCAAUUGAAUACUAAUUUUUAUCAUGAAGGUAUCUUAGUUAAAAACAGAUUCAAAAUAGCAGAAAAGUAUCUAAAGAAUGACUUAGUGUUUGAUUUUAUCCCCAUACUUGUUCUGUUUUACAUUAGUCUAUCAGAUAAAUAUGUAAUAGUUUAUUUGAUUUGUUUGGUUAAACUAAUACCUUUCUAUAGAUUUCAAGUAUACUUAUCUGAUAAAUUGAAAAUAAUGCCCUAAUUGAGACAAUUCUAUAUGAUUUGUGGAAUGCUGGUUGAAAUCCUUUACAUAAAUCACUUCUUCGGAUGUAUGUUUUUUGGAGGAAGUGUUUAUAUGUACACAUACCAUCCAAAUUCUAAAACAUGGGUGAAUGACCCCACUAUGAAUUUUGGAGUAAUAAUUACUAAAAGUACAACAUCAAAGUAUUCUAUAUGAUUAUCAUAAGGUACUUGUAUUCCACUUACUGGGCAAUAGAUGCAAUAACAAGGAUCGGUUAUGGUGACAUAUUGCCAUUGAAUGAUCUAGAAUUCAUGAUCACCGAUUUGACUGUGAUAACUGCAGUGGCAAUAGUGGCAGUAAAUAUCUCAUUGAUCGAAAAUAUGAGAAAGAACUCUAAACUGUAGAAUUACUUUGUGGAUAACUUAUGGAUUCAAUAAUAUCUGAAAAAGAAAAAAUGUUCAGAUCAAUUAAAGAUUUAGAUCUCCAAUUACUUGCGUUAUUACCAUCGGAUUGGACAGGAUAGGAACAUAGACAUAGAAUAAGAGUCUCUGCAGUUACUUCCGAGUAACUUGAAAUAAUAAUUGAUGUUCGAAGCUUAUGGGAUGAUCUUUCAUCAACAACAUUUUCUAAGGGAUGAGGAUGUGUUGUUUGAGUUGUCUAAUAAAGUAAAGGAGAUCUAUCUUGGAGAUAUGGAGAACAUCUUUUUGGAUAAUACACCUGAUUAAGGACAAGCAUUGUAUUACGUAGAGAGAGGCUAUGUUGAGUUAUUCAUUAAUACUCAAUACUCCUAAAGAAAAGAUGUAGUUAUUGCUUAAUUGAAAAAAGACACUUUCUUCGGCCAUUACUCCUUUAUUACUGGAUUACCAAGGAAAUGUAAAUAUGUUGAAAUUCAUUAUAUUUUAGCUUCUGCUAGGACGAUGUAAUUCGCCUCUUUGAUUUAUAUUCAAAGGAAGGAUUUUCAUGAGGUUUUGGAAUUGAACAAGAAAUUUCAUCAUUAAUUCUAGGCUCUAAGAGACAGUAUAAUUUAUGAAAAUUAAUUUCAGCUUAUUGGUUUGUAAUGUUUUACAUGUUAUGGAAAUGAUCAUUUAAGUAUUGAUUGUCCCUUAACUUCUAUCAAAAAGUAAGUGAUGCUCAGAUUUUAUCAUACAAUUAGAGAGAAGAGUUAAUCAGAACUCAAUCUAAGGAAGUUAUAUAAGUAGAAUAUCAAACAGGAGAGGAGGUUUAAGAAAAGAAAGAAAGAGUGGAAAUCAAAAACUAUAAGAACACAUGACUUUGAAUUCUUUUUUGAUUAUACAAUUCCUAGAACCACAAUCAAUUAUGUUAUUGAUAAGGACUUACAUUUGAUUUGA